UUUGAAGGCUCCAACCGGAAGAAUCCUGUGUUUCGCGGCUGCUCUCUUUUCAGCUCACUCAGAGAGAACCGCAGAGAAGAUGGCGGCGUUACGAGUCGCGGUGCUAUCGGGGAGUGGGAGAACCCUCCUCAACACACCAAAAACUAUCAAGACCCCCGUGGCUAAAAUGUCGUUCGCCAGCUUGCCCCGAAGUAAGAAAGUUGCCCUGACGACGCUAGGUGUGGUCACAGCCGGUGGGGCGGGGCUCGCCCUGAUGCUGCACCAGUCCGUUAAAGCCUCCGACCUGGAGCUCCACCCCCCUAAUUACCCCUGGAGCCACGCUGGACCCCUAUCCUCUCUGGACCACGCUAGUAUUCGUCGUGGUUACCAGGUGUAUAAGCAAGUGUGUUCAGCUUGCCACAGUAUGGAGUACCUGGCCUUCAGAAACCUGGUGGGGGUGUCGCACACAGAGGAAGAGGUUAAGGCCAUCGCUGAGGAGAUUGAGGUAGUGGAUGGUCCUGAUGAGACUGGAGAGAUGUUCACCCGGCCAGGAAAGCUGUCGGACUACUUCCCAAAGCCCUACCCCAACCCUGAGGCAGCCCGGGUCGCCAACAACGGAGCGCUGCCUCCAGAUCUCAGCUACAUCGUCAAUGCCAGACACGGAGGAGAGGACUACGUGUUCAGCCUGCUGACAGGAUACUGCGAUCCUCCAGCGGGGGUGACGGUGAGAGAGGAACUCUACUACAACCCAUACUUCCCUGGCCAGGCCAUCGGCAUGGCCCCGCCCAUCUACAACGAGAUAUUGGAGUUUGAGGACGGAACCCCUGCCACCAUGAGCCAGGUUGCUAAAGACGUUUGUACGUUCUUGAGGUGGGCCGCCGAGCCAGAGCACGACCAACGCAAACGCAUGGGACUGAAGUUGCUGUUGGGCGCCGGCAUCAUCAUCCCUCUGCUCUAUUACAUGAAGAGACACAGGUGGUCUGUGUUGAAGAGCAGAAAGAUCGCCUACAGGCCUCCCAAGUAAAAGGACACCAACACGCCCAUGACCGGCUGCGUUCAACAACCCCACAACGCUCACCUCGUAACGAUCAUACGGACAAAGAACAACUGACAAACACACAUGCCUUUUUAACAGCGGGAAGAUAAAUAACAAUAUAUAUAGCAUGUUUCUACAGAAGAAUGGUUGGUUUUAGUUGUUGCCGUGGUAGAACAGAUUAUGUGACAGCUUUUCUUAUAUCUGGAAUAGUGGCGCAAGAUUGUGUCAGAGUUGUGGCGUUCUUGAACGCACCCUCCACAAAGUUAGUUUGUUUGAGCUGCAUCGAGUCAUUACUGGCAGCCGUCCAGGUCUUCACACCUCGUAUCAUACACUUUGGCACGAUUGACUGAUGCGUUGAUUGACAGCCCCAUCUUUGUAAAAUAUUCAAUGAUCACACAAGCGCUGAUAAAUGGUUGCCGUCAAAGUUUGUAACAUGCUGGGUGUGUGUAAAUCCACCCCCCCCCCCCUCCACAAAUGCAAUGCAACCUCUGAACCUCUGUUUUACUGUACAAAAUAAAUUAUCUUAAAGGAAA